AAGUCUUUGUCUACGGUCUACCUCAUAUUUAUUGAAUCCAUUUCUUCUAAAUUAAAUCCCCCAAUUGGCCGGCCUCUUCUUCUCGUUCCUAUCGAAAUUCAUCUCCCAAUUCCCGGUUGAUCUCGAUCUCUUCCCAAUUCGCCAUCUGCAAUCUCCCUCCACCCUAAUCGAUCAAUUCAUCGGUAGGAGCGGCGGCGGCGGCUAUGGAUUGCGAGCCGGAGGAGCUCCAGUUCCUGGGCAUGUUUGGCAUAUAUCAGGAGGCUGCCAAGAUCCUAGCCGGCUGGCGCCGGCUAUUCGGCCAGAUCGCCGGCGCACUCGUCCUGCCCCUCUCCUUUCUCUUCUUCGCGCACAUCGCCAUCUCCCACCACCUUUUUACCACCAUCGACCGCGACGAGAUCGACCUCGACGUCUCCCCCCCGGGCUCCGCCUCCGAGUCCUACGCCCUCAACCGCCUCGCCUCCGAUUGGUCUUCCUUCCUCCUCUUCAAGGGCUUCUACCUCCUCGCCCUCCUUGUCCUCGCCCUCCUAUCCACCGCCGCCGUCGUCUACUCCGUCGCCUCCAUCUACACCGCGCGCCGCGACCUCACCUUCCGAAAGGUCCUCGCCGUCGUGCCCCGCGUCUGGCGCCGCCUCAUGUCCACCUUCCUGUGGGCGUUCCUCAUCCUCUUCGCGCUCCACUCCCUCGCCGUCGCGGUGUUCAUCGCCAUCAUUCUCGGCAGCGGCGACGAAUCCAUCGCCGGCCCUCUCCUCGUCAUAUUCGUCCUGAUCCCCCUCUACGUCGUCGCCCUCGUCUACAUCAGCGUCGUCUGGCACCUGGCCAGCGUGCUAUCCGUACUGGAAGAUGCCCGCGGGCUGGAGGCGAUGCGCCGGAGCCGGCUGCUUAUCAAGGGCAAGCUCCUCCUGGCCUGUAUCAUCUUCGUGAAGCUAAACCUCUGCUUUGGGCUCGUGGAGUGGGGCUUCCGGUUGCUAUUGGCGAAGUGGAGCAGCAACGGCGCAGGGCUCAGCCUACUGCUCUCCCUCGUCCUGCUGUUGCUUCUGGGCCUGGUAAUCCUCUUCGCCCUCGCGGUGCAGACGGUGGUCUACUUCGUGUGCAAGUCGUACCACCACGAGAGCAUCGACAAGACGAGCUUGGCGGAUCAUUUGGAGGCGUACAUGGGGGAGUAUGUGCCGUUGAAGUCGCAGGAUGUGCAGAUGGAGCAGCUCCAUGUUUGAUUCCUGCGAACAAAGAUUGGAUGCCUGAUAAAUUGAGUGAUAUUUCUCCCUGUUAUUACUGAAUUUAUGAUACAAAAUUCACAGUUUGCUGGUUGAAAACUUGCCGAUUUGAACAUCCACAAUUGAUUGCUUCAAUGGAUGCCUUGCGUUCUAAACUAGAUUGAUUUCAUUGUGGUGUCGUUCCAGGAAUGCAAAUAGAUAUAUAUUUGCUCGCAA